UGGCCGUCCAUUACGCAGCGGGCUUACCAGACGGCUGAGAUCAUCGCCUACGUCAACGGCAUCGAUCGCAGUCAUAUAGUUCCCGAGUACAGCUUCUUAGAUGCUCGAGGUCUCGGAGCUUUUGAGAGAAAAGGGCUGGACUCAAUUAAUGAGGUUUACUCAUCAGAUAGUCUUUCUCCAAACAUCAAACCACCUCCUAUUGAUGAUGGAACACCCAACGAGAGUGUUGCUGAUGUGUUUGUACGGGUGACACAACUCAUGUCUAUAUUAGAGACACAAUAUGCGGGAGAUACUGUGAUUAUUGUUUCGCCAGAUUCAGAUAAUUUGACAGUUCUACAAGCUGGUUUAAUAGGACUCGAUCUACGUAGGCAUAAUGAACUGUUCUUCGGUCCAGGGGAUGUGAGGUUAGUAGAUCCGAAGAGCAUUCCUGACGUCAAAGAACCACCUUCAGCUGUUUACAAAUGUACAAAUCCUCCAACCUGCACUUGAUGUUCUCCAUGGGCUUUGUUGAAGUCUCUAGGAAAUAAAAUGUUUAUGUUUGUAGAAAAAUUUAUUUGGAAAUUAAAAAAAAAAAA